AAAUAAUAGAAUUUCGCCUAUCAUGAGAGGGAAAAGGGGCAGGCCGCCCAAACCGCUACACACCGACGAGCCAUCAUCAGCUACGGCCCGGGGCUUGCGACCCAGGAGGAAUCUCAAGCCCCGGCUGAGGGACAGCGGGGAUGAGGACGCCGACAGCCCCACAAGGGAGACCACCAAGUCGGCCAAGAAGAGGAAAUGGGGAUCCGUAACGUCAACACGGGGCAGGGGACGAGGUAGAGGUGGCGGCGGUGGCAGAGGAGGCAGAGGUGGACGUGGAGGAAGGCGGACGGCUGCGUCCAAAACAGUGGUGUACGACGACCACGAGAGCGACGAGGAGGACGAUGCUGUCAGUUUGAGGUCGGAGGAGGACGAGUUUGUUGAGGAGGAACCUCAGUCCGAGGAGGAUGAGGCCCUCAAAGAGGACUCUGAUUGCCUGGAAGAUGAUGUGCUGGACGAGGAGGAGGAUGAUGCCAGCUACUGUACAGAGAGUAGCUUUCGGAGUCAGAGCACACACGCCAGCACUCCGGGGAAGAAGAAAUUACGGGCUCCUCGACCUCGAACUCCCAUUCUCGAGGACAAGGAGAUUCCUACUCUUGAGCUUCCCGAAACCUCGGAGGAUCUCCUGGUGCCCAGUGAGGAGCUUCUCAACGCCACCUCCAUCUAUGAGGUGGUUCGGAACUUCAGCCCGGUGCUGCGUCUCUCACCAUUCCGCUUUGAGGACUUCUGUGCAGCGCUGGUAGGCCAGGAGCAGUGCACUUUAAUAGCAGAGACCCAUAUUUCCCUGUUGAAGGCCAUCCUCCGUGAAGAGGAUUCCUCAAACACUACCUUUGGCCCUGCCGACCUCAAGGACAGUGUCAACUCCACUCUGUACUUUAUUGAUGGUAUGACAUGGCCGGAGGUGUUAAGGGCAUACUGCGAGAGCGACCGGGAGUACCAUCAUGUUCUGCCACACCAGGAGGUGGAUGAUUAUCCCUACGGUCCCCUUGAAAGCAAGAUCAAGGUGCUGCAGUUCUUAGUGGACCAGUUUCUCACCACCAACAUCGCCCGCGAGGAGCUCAUGUCCGACGGCAGCAUGCAGUACGACGACCACUGCCGGGUGUGCCACCGCCUGGGCGACCUGCUGUGCUGUGAGACCUGCACAGCCGUUUACCACCUGGAGUGUGUGAAACCACCACUCGAGGAGGUUCCAGAGGACGAGUGGCAGUGUGAGAUUUGCGUUGCGCACAAGGUGCCCGGUGUCACAGACUGUGUGACUGAGGCGCAGAAAAACAGGCCCUACAUCCGCCAGGAGCCCAUUGGAUAUGACCGCCACCAGAGGAAAUACUGGUUCCUUAACAGAAGGAUUAUUGUCGAGGAGGACGGGGAGCACGAGAAGAAGAAGAUCUGGUACUACAGCACCAAGGCGCAGCUGCAGGAGCUCAUUGACAGCCUGGAUAAGGAGUACUGGGAGAUGGACCUCUGCGUAACCCUGGAGGAGAUGAAGGAGGAGGUGCGAGCUCACAUGGACAUCACAGAGGACCUCACCAACAAAGCCCGCGGAAACAAUAAAGCCUACCUCACUGCUGUCAACGAUGUGAUCAUGGAGCGUAUGAAGGUGAGGCAGGACGCCAAGAGGCGAACGGAGGAAGCAGAAGGUGGCUCUGUAAACACGGCCGAGGACGCCGCUCAGCUCACGUCGCAGCUCGACAAUGGGGAGCACAAAGAUGCCGAGCCAACGGAAGACGCUAGUUCACAAGCAGCGACCGUUCCCCCUGCUGCAGAAGACAGCUGCGUGUCACAUCCUAACGCCAGCUCUGCCGCCCAGGACGCAGCCGAGCCUAAAACAGAAUCCCUUGAAUUGAACAAGGAGGCCCAACCUGCUCGUUCUGGGAACCAGGAGAGCUGUGAGACCCCUCCGGCGACAAAGCAGGAACGGACAGAUGAGGAUUUGAAAGCGGAGUCUAGCAGUGAAGUCGUCCACCCUGAUGACUCGCAGGCAGCAACCCAAGAUCAACAACCACAGCAGCAGCAGCAGCAGCAGCAGCAGUCGUCAUCUCAACCAGAGUCGAGCGGCGGCAGCAGCCAGGUUUCUGCAUCUGGAGGCCUCAAGAAACCGGACCCGCCCGACUUGGCUGAUAGAUCCUCCCAGUCCUCUUUCACCAGCCAGGAUGGGACAGAGGAGUAUAAUGACCGGCUCAAGAACGAGAAAGCUGCAGGACGGGAAUCAAAUAACCAAAUGCCAGGAGGCAGCAAAGAGUCGUCUCCCGUUUGCUCCGACGGCGAAGCUUCGCGUCUCAGCUUCUUCAAAAGGGACCUGGCGGUGAAUCUGAACAACUUGUUCAAACUGGGUCAGGAGGGUAAAUACAGGGUCUACCACAACCAGUACAGCACCAACGUCCUGGCGCUGAACAAGCAUCAGCACCGAGAGGACCACGACAAGAGACGCCACCUUUCCCACAAGUUCAGCCUGACCACGGCGUCAGAGUUCAAGUGGAACGGCUCCAUCUACGGUUCAAGAAGUUUGACCGUCUCCACCCUGCGUCUUACUAUCAUCCAGCUGGAAACUAACGUCCCUGGACCGUUUAUGCAUCCCAACUGGGCAUCACACAGGACCAAUUGGAACAAAGCAGUGCAGAUGUGCAGCAAGGCCAGGGAGUUUGCUCUGGCCUUGGCUAUACUGGAGUGUGCCAUCAAACCCGUGGUUAUGCUGCCGGUAUGGAAGGAUUCUCUCGGACACACGAGGCUACAUCGCAUGACCUCCAUGGAGCGUGAAGAGAAGGAGAAGGUGAAAAAGCGAGAGAAAAAGCUGGAGGACGAGGAGACGCUGCAGCAGGCCACUUGGGUGAAGUACACCAUCCCCAUCAAACACCAGGUGUGGAAGCAGAAGGGGGAGGAGUACAGGGUGACGGGUUACGGUGGUUGGAGCUGGGUCAGUAAAACCCGAGUGCCACGGUUUGUUCCGAAGCUACCCGGGAACACAAACGUGAACUACCGCAAAGAACUGGAGGCUAAAUUGAAAAAGGAACAUGCAACAGCUUGCACAAAGAAGCAGAAGAAGUUGAUGGAGAUGGAUAAGCAGACUGUUCAAAACGCAGCACAUGAGGACGAGAAACAAGCCUCGGUUACUGUGGCGUCUCAGAGCACUUCAUUAGAGGACGACGGCAAACCUCAGACCUCUGAAGAGGAGGAAAAACCUGCAGAAGAGGAGAAGCAGCAGGAAAAAAAUGUAGAAGAAGAGAAGAGAGAAGACGAACACUCGGAGGUGGACUCCUCCCUCGAAGCUGCUGUUUCAACUGACAACAAAGAUAAAGUUGAGAACACCGACCCUCCCUCACCUGCUGUUCAACCUGCAGAGGAAGAAUCAGCCCAGAUACCUGAACAGCCCAAAAAGGACGAGACCGCAGCGUCGAAGAUCUUCUACGACGUUGUGAAUGUCAGCGAGGGCUUUCAGCUGAGAACAGCUUACAAGAAGAAGGUGAAGCCGUCCAAACUGGACGGGCUCUUGGAGCGACGGGUGAAACAGUUCACCUUGGAGGAGAAGCAGAGACUGGAACGGAUGAGACAGGCAGCCCUCCUGUCCAAAACGGUUGCCACGAAGCCCGCCUCUGGGGUUAAGAUUGAAGGAUCUGCAUCAAUCAAACCGCAGCCUGCUGGGACCCCGUGUGUUAAAGUAGAGGAGAAGGAGGAGAGCCUCCAACUGAAAGAUCACGUUGUUAAAAAGCUUGACUUUGAGCAGGAACACACUGGGGCAAACACGGACAGCUUGGAUGUCAAAUCAGACAUCACCGUACCCAGCCAUAGCAACCAGACGGAGCUAAACGCUGUGCAUGGCAACGGCGGGGAGGCCUGCGCCCAUAAGGAAGUGAACGGAGGACCUUUAGCAAACACUGAACUCAACAGUAGAAACAACUGUAAAUCAGAGACGGUGGAAAACAGCGAAAAACAGAAGCUAGAGGUGGCUCGAGUGGGAGAGAAUGUUAAAAAACGUUCGUAUGAAGACAUGGAGCAGGGCAGCGGACAGAGCGACACGGAGAGCAUGGAGGUGACCGACAGCAAGAGCAGUCCGCUGCAGGUGAACGGAAAAACUCUGGUCGCCUCCCCGACGGACCGGAACAGCAGCUCUGACCCGGCCAGUCAAGUCCAAGGUGACACUAAAGAGCCUGUCAAGGCUCUGAUGAAUGGAAACGUGUCACAGAAUGACGUGCCCAACACAUGCCACCCGCCUCCCCUGAAAGUCCCUAAAUUAGAGAAUCACGUCGGAGAGAAAGAAGACGCUCUCAGUAAGAGUGAGGACGUGGCCAUGGACGGUGAGGGGCCCGUGCCUGCGAAGCUUCAAUCCUCAAGCUCUUCUUGCCAGAACAGUAACAGUACAGACAAUUGCACUAAUAGUGAAGGUUUAAAGACUUCCAUCACCUCUAGUAUCGCCACCACAGAGUCUCAAAACGCCCUCACAGCUGGCGCCUCCAGCACCAUUAGUCGGCCUAAUGUGACGUCUCAAGCAGUAAGUAGCGCUUCCUCCGUCAGCACCUCCCAGCCCAGCUCCGGAGCGCUCGCAUCCCCGAAGACUAAAGUUCCCACCGCCGACGCCAAAACGAGCUCCUCUGGUUCCACGUCGAGCAGCGCCAUGACGAUUAGUAAAGAGUAUUCCACCAGGGACCGCGUCAGCCUUCUCAGGUUCUCCAAGUCCAAGAAGGCCCGCUCGGGCACAGCUUUGCCUUCCUACCGCAAGUUUGUUACCAAGAGCAGCAAGAAGAGCAUCUUCGUCCUGCCAAACGACGACCUGAAGAGGAUGGCGAGGAAGGCCGGCAUCCGGGAAGUGCCCAUCUUCAACUAUAAUGCCAAGCCUGCCCUGGAUAUUUGGCCGUACCCGUCGCCUCGGCCCACCUUUGGGAUCACGUGGAGAUACCGUCUCCAAACUGUGAGGUCGCUGGCAGGUGUUAGCUUGAUGCUGAGGCUGCUGUGGGCCUGCCUCCGGUGGGACGACAUGGCUGUGAAACCCUCUGCUGCUGUCGGCACCACACGGAAAGAAACCACGGACACGGAUAUCACCACGACAGAGAUUAUAAAAAGACGAGACGUGGGGCCCUACGGCAUCCGUUCAGAGUACUGCAUCAGGAAGAUCAUCUGUCCCCUUGGAAACCGAGACACUCCCAAAGAAACCCCGACGCCACAAAGGAAAGGCCUUCGCUCAAGCGCCCUGAGGCCCAAGAAGCAGGAACCAGCCAAGCUGACGGGGCCGAUCGCUGUGGAGACGUGGGUAGCUGAAGAGGACCUGGAGCUGUGGGAGAUCCGAGCCUUUGCAGAGAGAUUGGAGAGAGAGAAGUCACAGGGUGUAGAUCCCUCCAAGACUGGGACGACUCUGAAGACGGCGGAGGAAGUCAAGGCCCAUCUGGAGAAUCAGCUGAAACAGGCCAGACUGGCUGCCCAGCAGAAACGUCUUGAACAGCAGAGACCUGGUACUCCUGCCACUGCUUCCACAACCACCACCUCAGCCAGCAUCCCCAGCACCCCAGUGUCCACGGGCCAGAGGAUCGGUCAAGUCACACCUGGAACCAAGAUGGUCCUGGCCACCAAACUGGGCUCUCCAGUUUCGUUCCAGCAAGACAAGAACUUCCACCAAUCUUUCGCUUCCUGGGUCAAGCAGGGUCAGAACAACAACAACAGCUCAGGUGUAGUCCAACAGAAAGUCCUGGGCAUUUUCCCCUCUGGGCCUCCUGCGAACCUCAGAACAUACAGCACACUACAUCCCACGACUGGCAAGAUCAACCUCAGAGCCACAACCUCUGCCUCAACUACCCAACAGCAGGCCGCCGCAGCAGGAGGCCAAACACAGCCCGGCAUGACGAUGAACCAAACACUUACUCCAUCUACCUCUGUGGGCACAACGAUGAUCAGAAGUCCAGCUUUGGCUCAACAAGGCCAGGUUCAGCAGGCUGCCACCCCGAUGGGCCGCGCUCAGCCGGCAGCUUUACCCGGUUCUACACCUGUGCAGGCAGCUUCGGCUCAGAGAGGUCCUGCACCAUCACCUUGUGCAGCCAGCACGGCUCCUGGACAGCCGCCUGUAGCUUCCCCUCAGCCUCCAAGACCACAGCAGGGUCAAGUCAAACUCACUAUGGCACAGCUCAUGCAGCUAACGCAGGGCGCACAGGGAGGAAACCCAGGUCUGACGGUGGUGAUCCAAGGUCAAGGCCAGACCCAGGGGCAGCUGCAAAUCAUCCCCCAGGGUGUGACAGUCAUCCCUGGCCCUGGUCAGCAGCUAAUGCAGGCAGCCAUGCCCAAUGGCCAGGUCCAGCGAUUCCUCUUCACUCCGAUGCCUCCAUCCUCAUCCGUUUCAACUUCAGUUCCAACUGCUGCUACCCCGACCAAACCUGCCGCAGCGCAGACCCCUCAAACCCAAAUGUCCACGCCAACUCAAGCAAGACCCCUCGCACAAGUCCAGACAACUCCGUCAUCGUUGGCCCAAACACAAAUGACGGCUCCUCUGCCUGCCCCAACACACGUUGCAGGUCCAACACAAAUGCCAAGUUUAGCCCCUGCCCCUGCCUCGGUCCCUCUGCAAACCCCGGUCGCUCCCCCACAAGCUUUAGCCCAGCCCUCACUGCAAACACAAGUGUCAGCCGUUACCCCGCCGUCCGUCCCCGCUCUGUCGCAGAUAUCUGCUCCCGUGUCUGCUUUGCCACAAGUUGCACCCCAGCCCUCCACACAGCUUUUAUCUUCCACACCAGCCUCAGUUGCUACACAAAAUGCAGGCCAGACGAUGGCUCAGAAACAGAUCUUCACCUCGGUCACAGCCCCAGCACAAAACCAAGCUGAGGUCCAAACUCAAUCCUCCACCCUUACACCACCCUCAGCCCAAACUGCAGGUUCUGUCCCAGGGCUUGUUGCCUCCCAGUCUCAAAUCCAGACACACCCCUUUAGUCCUACCACGGGCUUAACAUCGACCCCUGCCCAGACACAUGCCCCUGCUUUGUCCCCCGUAUCAGUCAAGACCGUUAACCAAGCUGCUGCUACUACAGCCAACAUUAACUCGGCCCAGAUGCCCGUUUCCGCCUCUCUUCCUUCACCUGUCCAAGCUCCAACCCCCGCUCUUGCACCCGUCUCUGCUCCUGUCAUAGCCGUCGUGUCCACCCACAUUGCUCUCCCGUCCAUAGCCAAAGCUCCAACUCAGAUCCAAGCCACAGCUCCGGUUCCCCUUCACGCUGGUGUGGCCAAUGCUGUUGUCACUCCAGUCACAGCCACAUCCACAACACCUUCAGUGCCAGCUCUAAUCGAGCAGAGGGCAGCUCAGCCUCAAGGAUGGACUCCAGCCUCAUCUCAAGCGCUGACUCCAGUUCAGCCCGCUCAACAGGCUGCGGCUCAACCACCUGCCCUGGCCACGGUACCCGCCUCCGCCCCUGCACCCAUCUCCACGCACUCCCCCGUCACCCCCCUGCCUCAGGCAUCUCUGACCCCUCAGUCUCAAGCACAAGUCCAGCACCCCGCCGUUGUGUCCGUGCAGCAGAUGUCUCAGAUUCCAGUCUCGGCAGUGCAGGUUCAUAUGACGGGGCUACCGGUCUCCUCCGUUGUGACCACUGUGAGACCCACACAGCCUCAGCUCCAGCCCCAAACCCACACUCAGCUUCAGCCCCAAGCCCAAGCCCAAAUCUGUGCACAGGUUCAGGUCCAGCCUUGUGGUCAAGUCCAGCAAAUGUCUCACAUUCAGGCGCAAGCGCAUCUCCAGGCCCAAGCACACGCUCAGAUCCACCCUCAAGUCAGAGUCCAGUUUCAGCCUCGAGCACAAAUUCAGCCACAAGCUCAGCAGCCACCGCAAGCCCAAGUCCAGCCCCUUCCUCAGAUUCAACCUCAGGUGCAGUUCCAGUCCCAAACCAAAAGUUUGCCCCAGGCCCAGCUCCAACCACGGGUCCAACCUCAGUACCAGCAGGUACACGCUUCUUUUCAAACACAGCCGCAAACCCAACCUCAGGCUCAGCAACAGCCUCAGGUCCAGCCGCAACUCCAGGUUCAGUCCCAGCCUCAGGUUCAGUCUCAGGCCCAAACACAGCUUCAGCCGCAGCCCCAGAUCCAAACCCAGCUCCAUCCCCAGGUUCAGGUCCAGUUCCAGCAACAAAACCAGAUUCAACCUCAGGCCUCACAGCAACCCCAGGUCCACAUUCAGUCACAGGUUCAAGCUCAAGUCCAGUCCCAAUCCCAGUUUCAAGUGCAGUCACCGCAACAGACCCAAGUCCCGCAACAGCUUCAGGUCCAAGCCCAGCCUCAAGUCCAAGCGAAGCUCCAGGUCCAGUUCCAACCUCAGAACCAAACUCAAGUCCAGUCGCAGCCUCAGCUUCAGGUCCAGUCUCCCAUCAGGCAUCAACUCAUCACCGUUCCAGGCCUGCAACAGCCAGUCCAGCUGCUCUCCGCCCUGCCGCCCCACGUCGCAGCUCAGAUCCAGGCCCAGAUCCAGGCGCAGGCGCAGCAGCAGGGUGGCGCCGUUCCCCAACAGAUCAAACUGCAGCUGCCCAUCCAGAUCCAGCAAACUGGGGGGCAAAUUCAAACCCAUCAGAUCCAGAACAUGGUCACUAUACAGGCGCCAGCAAGCGUCCAGGAGCAGCUUCAGAGGAUGCAGCAGCAACAACAACAACAACAACAGCAGCAGCAACAACAACAACUACAACCACAACCACAACCAAAGAAGAAGAAACACCACGAAGCUAAAAGGGAACAGAAGGAGCAGAAUCUGCAGGUUGUGAGCCCAGGGGAUGGCGUCCAGAAGCAGGCGGUGGUGAAGCAGAACGCGACGGCAGAGCAGCUGAAACAGAGGAAGACUCUGGCUGCUGCUGAGCGGGAGGAGAACCAGAGAAUGAUUGUGUGCAACCAGGUGAUGAAGUUCAUCCUCGACAAGAUUGAGAAGGAUGAGAAGCAGGCAGCUAAGAAACGAAAGAAGGAAGAGGUGGUGGAGCAGAAACGCUCCAAGCAGAACGCCACGAAGCUGACUGCACUGCUGUACAAGCACAAAGAGCAGCUGAAGGCCGAAAUCCUGAAGAAGAGAGCGCUGCUGGACAAGGAGCUGCAGCUGCAAGUACAGGAGGAGCUGAAGCGGGACAUAGCCAGGCUCCAGAGAGAAAAGGAAAAAGCCCGAGCUGCUAUCGCCCAGGCUGCCGCGGCGACCGUGAAGGCAGCCGCCUCCCACUCGUCCCACUCCUCCCAUCUUUCCCACUCCACACAUUCCUCUCACAGCAGCCACACAGUCACCUCAGCCUCCUCGUCCCAUAAACGCAAGAGGGAAGACGAGCGGGACAAAGACAGAAACAGAGACAGGGAAAGGCAUCACGACAAGGACAAGAAGCGGGACCGGGACAAGGACAGAGACCGGUACAGAGACAGAGAUAAGGACCGAGACCGGGAGCGAGAGCGGGAGAAAGACCGGGAGCGGGACAGACAUCGAGACAGGGACCGAGACAAGGACCGAGACAGGGACAGGGACAAGGAAAGAGAUUCCAGCUCAUCAAAACACAAGAAGAAGAAGAAGCUGUCUUCUACCUCAAAGGAUCACAAGAAGGACACCAAACUGUACUGUAUCUGCAAAACGCCCUACGACGAGUCAAAGUUCUACAUCGGGUGCGACCUGUGCUCCAACUGGUUUCAUGGCGCGUGUGUCGGCAUCACGGAGAAGGAGGCCAAGAAGUUGGAGGACUUUGUGUGUAACGACUGUAAACGUGGCCAGGAGGGAGGAAGCAGCGAGGAGCUGUACUGCAUUUGCCGGACGCCGUACGACGAAUCACAGUUCUACAUCGGCUGCGACCGCUGCCAGAACUGGUACCACGGGCGCUGCGUGGGCAUCCUGCAGAGCGAAGCCAACCACAUCGACGUGUACGUGUGUCCGCAGUGUCAGUCGACGGAAGACGCCAUGACGGUCCUCACGCCGCUCACUGACAAAGACUACGAGGGCUUGAAAAGAAUAUUACGUUCGUUACAGUCUCACAAAAUGGCCUGGCCGUUCCUCGAACCAGUGGACCCUCACGACGCACCUGAUUAUUACCGCGUGAUCAAGGAGCCAAUGGACUUCUCCACGAUGGAAACCCGUUUGCAAAAGCGACAUUACCACAAGCUCACCGAGUUUGUGGCAGACGUGACCAAAAUCUUCGACAACUGCCGCUACUACAACCCCAACGAUACGCCCUUCUUUCAGUGUGCCGAGGUGCUCGAAGCCUUCUUUGUACAGAAGCUUAAAGGUUUCAAAGCGAGCAGAUUGUCAGAUUCUUAAGUGGGCCAGUCUAGCUGGAGUCUGGACUGGAUGCUGGGGUCUCUAGUGAUAAACUUUGUGUUCCCAAAACCAGCAAAACAAACAAAAACAAAAGAAAUUAAGAAAAAAACCACACACAAACACCAAAUGUGCUUUCAUUCAAUUCAAAGUGAACCAAUUGUGAUCACAGUUUCCAGUGAUAAUAAAGUGGCAGCCAUGUUGACACGUGUUCAUGAUGUAAUCGAGGGACAUGCUUUGCUCUCAUUCCAGAUCUGAUGAUUGGCCUCAAUGAACAAUCAGUCCCGCCAGCGAGGUGGUGUUCAGUCGGGUUUUAAACACAUUUUAGUUUCAACCUUGUAUUUAUUUCUGUUCUUCGGAUUUGGAUCUGAGAAUAUAUAAGAACUGCCUAUUUUAUUCUAGAGAUAUUUAUGAGGGGUGUUUGUUCGCUGCGUCCCCUCGCCUCAGUUGGUCGUCUUGAAUGUACAUAAACUUUUUAUCAUGUACAGUUGUUGUUAAGAGUUAUCUGUCUGUUUUAAAUAAUGGUGAAACGAAUCCUUUUAGAUAGUAUUAUUACGAUACUAACGUGUCCUCGCACAGUAACCUCAGUUCGUAGUCGCUAACGAAAGGCAUUCCCGGUUUAAUGACACCAACAUGGCUGCUGGUUGCUAUGCCGACCCCCUCCUCUCUCUUUUGCAUCCUUCCGUAUGCGUUUUGAUCACUGUGCAGCGGUUCAAUGCGAAGGCUUCUCAACUCUCCCCCUCUCUCUGUAGGUCUCAUAACAACAAGCUUCAGUCUUCUUCAGCCUCUUAGAAAGCGUCGCACAUUGCGCAAACAAAAUGCACUUGCCAAGAAUAUGGCUUUUUCUGAACUGUAACUCUGUGACGGACUCCGCCUCGCCCGGCGUUUGUGGGGAUUCGCUCCUCUGACUACCUGCAUCCGAGGCACUCGCUGCUUUCACGGGAUCGUUCCGGCAGAGCUGAACCCCCCUAAUGGGCCGAACGGGACCUUUAUUUUGUUUUCUUUUUCGGACCCCCGUCUUCAUCAGAGGAGCGAGAACAACUGAGGCAUUUCAGAAGAAAGUUUACCUCGGAGAAAAGACUCUUACGGAGCUCUCAUAUUUCCAUGUACUUUAUUUUUGAUCGCAGUCUUUUUAUUUUUUUCUUACUUGGUAAAAAACAAACAAACAAAAAAAAAGAAAGAAAGGAAAAACCCCUCAGGCCAUCCUGGUGGUCGUCGUGUCCGAUGAAAAGCUGACGUACAGCGGCUGAGUUCUACUGAGCAUCACGUGUCAUGAGUUUUCGUGUCUAAAUUCAGAUUCUCGCAGUGGAGCGACGUUCUUCUCCCAUUUCCACUCAUCGUUAAACGUCUGAAGCGGCAUGAAAGACGGCGUGCUGGACGUCUGGACGUUGGUUAAACUCCUGUAAUCUACUGAACGUAACAGUAAUAAGCUAUUGGAAAUCAAACGCUUUGCAGUAGCGCCUGACUGACUGAGAAGGAUGAAACCAUGUGUUUGAAGGUUCCUGCCCUGUUUGUAAAAAAAACAACAAAAAACAAUUUGUCAGAUUUCGACUUGAUUUCUUUUUCGUUUUUUUGUAUUACAGCUGAAGAAAUAUUGAUGUAUAUGGAACUUAAUAAAACUGAAAAGACUGA